CAGGGAAGCGCAUCGGCUUCUGAUCAUCCCAGGGACACUGAUGGUCUCAUGAGGAUAUAGCACAAGCCCAGGCAGUAAGAGUGUAAUGCGCAGCGAAAACCUCCACAGUGUGUGUGAUCCAAGGAGCAACGGGACUAUAAAUUAGGCAUCAAAGUAAACGGAAGAUGAGGAAGUGCAAGACCAGAAGAUGGCGCUAAUGCAACUCGCUGGAUGCUAACCGCCAGUUAAAGCUCAAGAAGAAGAACGCGAAGAGGACUUUUUUUCCGUCCAGCACACAUUUUGUGAGGAUUUAUUAAGAAAAGGAGAAGAUGGAGGAAUUUUCUUUCGGGUCUGUGGAGGCAGUGGUUUUAGGUUCCAGCAUCGCUUUCUCAAGCUUCUUCUAUUAUAUAUACAGAAAGAAGCGCAAAGUUGUGGACAAACUCAAUGAGGCUCCUCAUUUGGCUUUAAAUGAAGAUCUCAUGGAUCUUCUAAAUUCCACACCCGGGAAGUGUCUGCCGUAUGUAGUGAUUGAAGGCACAGUGCAGCCCGUGCAGAAGCCCCUGAGCAGUCAAUUCAAGGAAGGAACUGUUGGUGUUAUUCAGAAAUUGCUCCUCCGGGAGCAUAAAGUGGUGUGGAAGAGUUUUGCACACGCUUGGAUAGAUGAUGAGCGUGUGCUGCACGAGCGUGUGAGCAGUGUACCUUUCGCUCUGGUGGGAGCAGACGGAGCACGGGUGCGUGUCCUUCGUCCACUGGAGGCCCGUGGUCCUGAGAUGGAAACGGUGCAUGAGAAGUUCCACAUGGCAAGCUACGGCUUUGGUGACCUGCUCAACCAGUAUUUGAGUGGCGAAAAAAGCAAAGGCCAGCUCGAGACAGAAGAAAUGCUGAGGGUGGGCGUGUCCCUCACCGCUGCUGGGGAGCUCAUCCUCGAUUCAGACAGCUUGCUUAAACUCCGCCCCCCUAGUGAUGGUUCCACAUACUUCCUAACCACAACUGACUUUAUGUCUCUUCAGCUUGAUCAGGAAAAACAGGCAUCUUGCUCGUGGGUCCUGGCAGGCACGUUUGCAAUGGUGGGCGUUGCCCUGGUCCUGUGGGCAGGGCUUGGCUAUUACAGACAGAUCCAAAGGAAAUGGAAAAAAGAGAGGAUGAAGAAGGAGUUCGAAAGGUUAAGGGAGGAGUAUGAGGACAUUCAAAAUGCAUGUGUAAUUUGUUUGACUAACCCAAAAUGCUGUGUGUUGCUGAACUGUGGACAUGUGUGCUGUUGCUACAGCUGCUAUGAGGCACUACCUCAGCCAGCAUGUCCAGUUUGCAGACAGAAGAUCAGGAGAGUCGUGCCCCUCUACCAGACCUGAAAAUGAGAUCGCAAGAGAUUUGAGAGCUCCACAGAACUACAGUACCAGAUACUGCAAGACAGGGAUUAGUUAUCCUGUACCAAGCUUCAAACAGAGAGAAGCCAGAAAUAUGGAUGCAAGUGGAUUAAGAAUGAAAACCCACAAAAGGGUUUAACAGAAAGGAAACAUAACUGGUUAUGCUACACUUUAAAACCUUCAUCAACAUUUCUAAAUGCCUUUCACACUACCCAUUUUUUCUCUCCGUGCUCCCUAAUUUUCUUAUAUUAAAAGGUUUAGAUUU